GCCUUGUACAGUUAAAAGGUGUGAAAAUCGUCAAUGUGACGAAAAAAUUACAGUGAAAAAAGAGUUAAAUUGUGUUCAAGCGAAAAAUUCAAUUAAAAGCGGUUGACGGUGUAACACAUUGUUAUCGGGCGUCAUACUCGUUCUAUCGCCAUUGAUAGUUAGUGAUAAACUUUUUUUGUUUUUUGCUACAUUCGAAGUGAAAUGGAUUAUGAACGACGUGUAUCUCUGGCGAAUGAAUCCGGGAAAAUAUUUCGCGUAUCGGAGUCAUAUGAUGCGCCAAUGAUUCGCCAAGCAUUAAUUGAGCGUGGUUUCAUCGAACAAAAGGCACAGCCGUACAAUAGUGUCUAUCUCAAUAUCAAUUACGCAUUGGAAUGCAAUCGCAUAAAAAAUGUACAAGAAUAUGAGCAAGUCAUUUUGUACAAAAUUUGUGGAAAUCGCGCUCCAGACUUUGCUUGGGUGUCGCGGCAUGAACAUUACUACUUGUAUCCGGAUUCGAUGUGUGUUAAUCGCAUACAAAUCCCGGGAUUAAGUUUUGUCAAUAAAGCUGAUUUGUGUUGUUAUGUCGACAAAAUUCAAGAAAUUCUUGACAAUGAGGAUGCUCACAGGAUGGAAAAGUGCGAAACAGAAUCGCAAAUAUCACAGGAGACUGUUACUGAUGCUGAUGAUGAAUAUGAAACAGCAAGCGAUGACGAGGAAGACAAUCAAGUGAAAAACAAUAAAAAAGGCGAAACAAAUAUGGCACUUGUUAAACGUAUACGUGCUGGCGUAUCAAAUGAGGCAAUCAAACUACCGCGUUCAUACGAUAUCGUCUAUAACAGUGACGAGGCGGCAUUUAAAAAGAACUUUCGACUAGGCUGUGCAUUGGGAGUCGUCAUGUUUCUAAAUGAACAACCAAAUAUCGAAGAUUGGUUCAUCGAAUACGGCGAGGAUGACGAUCCAUCACAAAUUGUCGGACAACGUUUGAAGGCACUUGACUUUAUAUUUCACGUGAUCGUGACAAAUAUCCGCGUUCUCGAAGGACAAAUCGAUAAAAGUCACGUCGAUGAACGCAAUUGCGAACUAAGCGAAGCUGAAUGGUUGUACAUUAGCAGAACGCAUCAAAAUACGGUACGAGACAAGAAGAAAUUUAAAGCUCCGGCCGCCCUCAAAGACAUUUAUGUGUCACGGAUAAAAUAUGUCGCGGAAGAUAUCCCGUAUUACUGGCCCGAACGCUGGCACGAUGGAUGCAACAACAUUUAUCUGCUGAAACCCUGUGACAGUGGCAACGGUUACGGCAUCAUCUUGCUCGAUGCCGAGAGGAAAAUUAUCAGUGUUGCGCGUUGCCAGAAACGAAAGUACAUCGCACAAAAGUACAUUGAACGCCCGCUGCUAAUUUACGGUGUAAAGUUCGAUAUUCGUCAGUAUUUUUUCAUCACGAUGCACAACAAUAAAUUUCGGGCAUGGGCCCAUGAUGCGUGCACGAUAAAAUUCGCCACAGACCAAUUUACGCUUGAUACGCUAGCGGAGAAUAUUCACAUCACCAAUGUGACGAUCCAGAAGCGAUUUACGCGAAAACCCGAUGAUAAACUGCCAAAGAACAAUGCGUGGGGCAUGCCGGACCUGCUCGCGUAUUUUGCCGCAAUUGGGAAACCAAAUAUCUGGGAGACAACUUUGUAUCCGGCGAUAAAGAAAAUAUUGUCCUACAUUGCCGAACUGAGUUUCAGGAAUUGCGAAAUAAUGAAUGGGCGUUUCGAGAUAUUUGGAUGUGAUUGGCUAAUCACAGAAGACUUCAAAACUGUGUUAAUCGAGAUUAAUAGGUCACCAAGCAUGGACUACUACACACCGAUCCACAAAGUUGUGCUGGAAGAAGUGCUGAGUGAUGUGAUAAGAGUUGUUAUCGAUUACGCGAAAGAUGAAACAUCGUCAACCGGCCGCUUCGAGAUGAUAUUCGAGAAAGACUACUCGUGGAUCGACACCGCAUUGAUGCCUUACCGGUUCUCGUUGGAUUCCAAUUGGUAGAAAUUUGUUCGUUGGAAACGAGAACAACUGCGAUGAAGGACGAGAAAAAUCUUCUCAAGUGCUCAAGUCUAUAAGGAGAUUCUUAUAACACCACUUCACAAAAGUUAUUGCCAUAAUAACCAUAUUUAUUGUAAUAUGAGGAAACAUUUAUGAUAUGAAUAAAAAGUAAAUUUUUGCCACACACGAACUGACGCCGCCCGACGUAUGACGAGAACUUUUCUCGCAUUGCCUUAAAUAUCUCUGGCGUGUGAGUGAAUGAAAACGUUUUACGUUUUUUUUUCUCUUUUAUGUUCAUAAAAAGUUGUAAUUUUUGAGUUAAGCUCGAAUUUUAUGGGAUUGUUAAAUAAAGAGAUUGACAAAAUUAACUCAAAAAUGAAGAUUU